GUGCAUUUGAGGUUGCCAUCGAUGGAAAAUUGAUUUUCUCUAAGCUCAGUCGUGGGAAGUUCCCAGAUUUCGAGGAGGUGGCAGAAGCUGUGAAAAAUGUGGAAUCCGGGGGUGAAAUUCAGACUGUAGAGAAAUGUCAGGCAUCACUGUGCACCAUUAUUUAGUGUGGUUUCAUGUUACAAGACAGACCUCUUACAUCAUUACUGUCUGAUAUGAAAUAACAUUUAUCACCAAACGGAAGCUGUGUUAAGAAUAUAGAAUUUAAUGAGUUUUCAUUUCUAUAUGAAGAGAAAGGUGUAAAUAAUUAAACUACCUUUCUUGGAAGAGUGCGAUGAUGAAAGCUCAGUAGAUAUCUGUGUUUCUAACAUGGCUAUAACUUGUUAUAAAUAUAUUUUUGAAAAUUUCAUUUUCCUUUCAUACAUUGCCUGAGUGCUAAGAGUGAUGGUGGUUUCAUGUUACAAGACAGACAUCUUACAUCAUUACUGUCUGAUAUGAAAUAACAUAUAUCACCAAACGGAAGCCGUGCUAAGAAUAUAAAAUUUAAUGAGUUUUCAUUUCUAUAUGACGAGAAAGGUGUAAAUAAUUAAACUACCUUUCUUGGAAGAGUGGGAUAAUGAAAGCUCAGUAGAUAUUUAUGUUUCUAACAUGGUUAUAACUUGAUAUAAAUAUAUUUUUAAAAAGCUCAA